AUGGGACGCAUCGAUACAGAACUCCUCGCCGAAGGAGACGAACCACCGGAAAGAAAGGACCAAUCGCUCGUAGAUUCCCCUCGCCUUGACGCCGCCUUUAUCAAAUCACUCCCCCCGGCUUUUACCCGCAGAGAAUCUCUUCUUACCCGCCAACUACACUCGCCGGAGCCAGAACAUCCUCAUGAGGACGAACACCAACGUGCUAGGGCUAUCGUGCGUGGUAUGUCAGCAUGGAGUAACCAUAGCGUCGCCUCCACGGCUGAGCUUACCAGCGACAACGACUUGACCAGCCCAGGAACUCGUGAAAGCACUCCAAGUCCUCCAUUGCCUCCUACCUUGAUUAGAGAUUCUAUCCCAGCACUGGACAAGUCUCCCUACAAGGAGCCCGUCAUACUCGAGGAGACCAAAUCUCAGCCCGAGAAGUCCGUCGAGGCCGAACUCGGUCGUCCCAGAUGCAUCACUUUUGCUUGUGGAGGCAAGAAGCCCGCCUCGAAUCAUAAUGAUUCGCCCAAAAGUCUUCGCAAAACUCCUUCGAUGACUGUCCGAAGACGCAAAUACAGCAUGGAGAAUGAUGAUGUGCCUGGCGAGGAGAGACGUUUCCACGAAUUCGGCCCCUCGGAGGAAGAAAAUGAACAGUGGCUAGAAGAAUCCGGCUGCUACCGCCAGCGUCUGACUGUCAACGACACCUUGUACAAGGAAAACAUUAUCAGACAAAUUGGUGAGGAAGUCGAAGAAGAGGCCAUCGAAGAUGACGAAGACGAUGAAGAUGAAGAACUUGAUGAAGACGAGGACGACGAAGAUGAUGAAGAUCUUGAAGACCUCGAUAUCCAGGAAGCCGUCUCAGAUGAUGAAGUCUCCGAUGCUGGUUUCCAAACAGACGACGAAGACGGCUUUGCAGUAUCUGACAGCGAGGGUGAUGAUAGCGACAACGAAUGGUGGGCCCCUGGAGGUCGCUCAACCGCUGCCACCUCCAUAGAACACCUGGAGACUGUUCGUCCUACACGCAGAAGAACCAACUCGGAUUCGUCUUUGGGAUCAGCACAUGGCGAAAACAAAACUGCAUCAGCACCCUACGGCAUGGUCAAGCGCAGAAGCCGUGCCGUAAAGAUUAACCGUCCUCAGACUCCCGAUCUUCCUGACAGCACUGACUUCGUCUGCGGUACCCUCGAUGAGGACCGUCCUCUUGAGCAAGCAUACAUCAUGAGUCUCGAGAGAAGAAAGGCUGCUAAGCACAAGGCUAAGCCUCAAGAUAUCGAUCCUACUUUCCCUACCUCUGACCCGGAUAUGGACGAGGAAGAUGACGAUGAGGACGACGAAGAUGUUGAGGAGAGUGAUCAGCCCCUUUUCAUGCACGGCAAGAUUGAGAUAAACGAAGACAUGGCUCACCGUGGCCGCCGCAAGUCUAAGACUGCUUCCAAGAAGAAGUCCAUCUCACCCCCUCAUCAACGACUUCGUUCACCUCCUCCUCCUACCAAGCAUCGCUCCCACCGCUCUCCUCCACCGUCAGCCAAGCGUUUGCGAUCGCCUGCUCCGAUCAAGCGCACCAAUCACAAAUCACCACCACCUCGCAAGCUCUUUGGGCAGUCACCCAGGCGCUUGAGGUCACCUCCGCCUCCACCUCGUCGUCCUACAUCUCCUCCCCCAUCUCUGCGCAGUUCUGUCGAAGGUGUCUCAGCUAUCAGCUUCACACCAAGAGCCACUCUUGCCCGUCGCCCUCAACCUACUCACACCGCCUCAUUACCUCGAGUCGAGAGCCAGGUCAAGAUUGGCAAGAACGCUAUGACUGCUUCUCUUGACGAACACGACGAUCCUCUGUCUGGUAUGCGUACCGCUCGCGGCGCCAUCGACAUUGUCAAGGUCUGGGACGUUCUCGCCAACCUUGGCUUGAUGAACAAGCACGCUAAACUGCUGUUCCUCGGUCUCGACAAUGCCGGAAAGACCACGCUUCUUCACAUGCUCAAGAGUGUAUGCCUACCCUACUCACGAGACCCCGAAACAUUCGAGCUUACUCUCAACAGCGCCGUCUUGAACCCUACCCUCCACCCUAGAAUUGUCUUCCUUGUCGACGCCAAGGACCCUGAGCGUUUCAUUGAGAGCAAGGCUGAGCUCGAUGCUCGUACCGCCGUCAGCGAGGACCAGCUCCUUGGUCUCUACCAGACCACCGGCAAGGGCAAGAUCCCUCUUGAGGGCAUCCGUCCCAUCGAAGUCUUCAUGUGCAGUGUUGUCAUGAGACAGGGCUACGGUGAAGGUAUCCGCUGGUUGUCGCAAUACGUCUAA